AUGAUAGAUUUACAAUAUUUACCACUUGAUGUUGUUAAUAUAAUAUUAACAGACACGUUAUCAAAAUCCCUGUAUGAUUCAAUUGAUUAUCAAAACUCACUAGUAUCAUUAUCAUAUACUUCAAAAUUCAUAAAUCAAUUAACAAAUUCAAGAUUAUAUUCAAACAUUACAUUUUAUGAUGAUGAUAAUCAAACAAUUAUAACCAGAAAUUCAAAUAGAACAUAUAUUCAUAUAAACAAAUUCAAUGAAUUUGUAAAUUCAUUAACUUUUGAAAAUUUCUUAUUAAUCAAAUCAAUUCAUAUAAAUUGUAAAUCAAAUUUUAAUAAAUUUGAAUAUAACACAUUAUAUACAAAAUUAAAUCAAUUUUGGAACAAGACUCAUCAUUCGAUAGAAUUUAUAAAUUUUGAUAUUGAUAAUAUUAGAAAAAAUCAAACUAUUUUACAACAUUUAAAUAAACAUAAUUAUUAUCAAAUUAUUGAAGAAAAUGAUGAGUUAGAUAAUUAUUCUUCAAAUUUUACAAUUUCAAAAUUAUAUAAUUUAAAAAAUUGGUCUAUUUUAAAUGUUUCAGAAUUUAUGAAUUUACCAAUAAAUAAUAAUUAUGAUUUAAAAACACUAGAUUUUUUUAUUGAAUUAAUUAUUGGUGAUGAAUCAUUACCUCAAAAUGUCAUAAAUUUACCUGAAUUAGAAUCAUUAAAUCUUAAUACAAGUUUAUCAACAUUAACAUUUUUACAAUUAAAUUUAAAUUUACCAAAAUUAUCAAAUUUUGUAUUAUCAUAUUCCCAUACUUUUAAUAGACAACCAAUAAAUUAUCAAAACUUCCGAGAAAAAAUAAAUUUUGAAAAUUUAACAAAUCUUGAAAUUAAAUUAAAUUGUUGUCAUUCUGAUUGUUCAUGUAUAAAUCAAUUUUAUCAAGAAUUAUCUCAGGAUUCUCACAAAUUAACAAAAUUAGAAAAUUUAUCAAUUAUAAAUCAUAUGUCUAAAAAUCAAUCAAGUAAUUUAGAACAAUAUUCAUAUUUAAUAAAUAAUCAAUUAUUACAAUUAUUUACAAAAUUUUCACAAAUUGAAUCAAUUUAUAUAAAUAUAAAUGAAUUUAUAAAAAAUGAUAGAUGUAAAAUUGAUUGGAAAAAUUUUACAAAAGCUAUAAAUAUUUUACCAAACUUAAAAAAUUUAAAAAUUGUUGAUUUUUUUAAUUGGUGGAUUCCAACAUUACAAUUAACAAGAAAUUCAAUAUUAAAUAAUUGUUCAUGUAAUCAAUGUUUACAAACUAAAUUCAAGUUUCAAGCAUUAGCAAAUUUCGAUGAAUCAAAUAAUUAUACUCAUAAUUUUUCAAAAUUUAAUCAUAAUGAAAAUGAAUCAUCAACUACGAAUCUAGAUUUCAAUAAAAAAUCAAUAUCAAAAUUUUAUUCAUUUAUUAUAAAUCAUUUUAAAACUCAAUUUAAUCAAUCAAUAAUAUAUUCAAAUCUGUUAAAUAAAUUUAGAAAUCAAAAUGAAAUGUUAUUCUCAGCGGAAUUUAAACAAUUAUUGAAUCAUAAUUUACUAGCUGAUUAUGUAAAUUUAUUGAAAUAUAAAAAUGAUAAAUUAGUUGUUAAUUUAGGUGGUUUAUUAAUUUGA